AUGUGUUCUUGUCUUCAAUGUAGCGUUGUAAAAGCUGACGAAAGAUGCCGCGGUUACAAAGGGGGAUUGUCUAAAGGUAUACAACAGAGUGUGGCAAUGUUUCAAGUUAGAUCAGAAGCACUUAGUAUCCAGUUAAUCACAAGGAUGGAUACUUAUCUUAUUUUCACGACUUGGAGACUUGCAAGAAUGGUGGAUAAGUGA